AAGUGUACGGCACACUCGUGAACGGCCAGGGCGACACCCCGCUGCCGCUCGGCGCCCUGGGCGGCAGGCGCACCGACAUGGACGUGACGGUCGGGGGGCUGGGCGGCGGCCUCGGCGGCGGCCUCGGCGGCGGCCUCGGCAGGGAGCUCGACGACGACCUGGGAGAAGACGAGCCCAAGGUGGCACCGUCAACUCUCGCCUUGUCCGUGGUCGUCGUGGUGGGCAUCUCCUUCCUCCUCGUGAACGUGUGCGCCUUCGGCUUCCUCUACUACAAGAAGAACAGGCUCCGCAUGCAGCAACAGUUUUUCACAUCGCAGUGUCGAGGCGGCGGUCUGGAGGAGGAUGGUGACGACUACUUGCUGGAGGGUAUACUUGUAAUAUCUGGUCUGUUCAGGGAGGGUUGA